CACCAGCUAAACGGAGAGAGAUCAAGGCAAUUCCCUCAUCUUCACAAACUAGUGUGAUUGAUCAUGAUGAAGAAGAUGAUCCACUACCACCCACACAAGCUAAACGGAGAGCGAUCAAGCCCAUUCCUCCAUCUUCACAAACUAGUGUGAUUGAUCAUGAUGAAAAAGAUGAUCCACUACCACCCACACAAGCUAAACGGAGAGCGAUCAAGCCCAUUCCUCCAUCUUCACAAACUAGUGUGAUUGAUCAUGAUGAAAAAGAUGAUCCACUACCACCCACACCAGCUAAACGGAGAGGGAUCAAGGUCAUUCCUCCAUCUUCACAAACCUGGAUGAUUGAUGAUUAUGAUCCACUACCACCCACACAAGCUAAACGGAGAGAGAUCAAGGCAAUUCCCUCAUCUUCACAAACCUGGAUGAUUGAUGAUGAUCAAGAGGAUGAUCCACUACCACACUCACAAGCUAAACGGAGAGCGAUCAAGCCCAUUCCUCCAACUUCACAUACCUGGAUGAUUGAUGAUGAUCCACUACCACCAUCACAAGCUAAACAGAGAGAGAUCAAACCAAUUUCUCCAUCUUCACAAAACAGGCAGUCCUCUUCACUGCAAUCUGAAAUCCUAGAUGAUGAUAAGGACUCUUUUAUAUCGGACGAAAUGUUUGAUGAUUCACGGGACAGUGAUUUUGUUUUGAAUUCCAAUUCAGAGUCUGAUUCUAGUGAUGUUGUCCCAAUAAUUGACAUAGGUGCUUUUAAAACUGUAAAAAAUGAUCAAAAUGACAAGAUAUUCUUUAAAGAUAUGCCCUUGGUUUACUUCAGAGGGAUCCAAAGAACAAAAGUGGGUAAAAAUGGACAAAUUAAAAAAAGUGACCGCGUUUUUAGUAACAAGCAUAGCUGUUUAUAUUGUGGAAUUCUUGUUUGUAAACCAGUCGAUCAUAUGGAGAGAAAACAUGGUGAUGAAAAAGAGAUAGCCGAUCUUCUUGAGUUAAAGCCAAAGAAAACUGACAGUUCUCAAGUGCGUAAGAAAAAAAAUUCUGUUCGCCAAAAACAGCUGGAAACUUUACGUAAUCGUGGCAAUCAUAGACAUAACAUGGAAGUCAAGCAUUCAGGUGAGGGUGAGAUCAUACCUUUAAGAAGACCACCAGGAAAAGGAGUAUUUUAUUUGUCUAGAUUUGGGCCUUGUCCAAAUUGUUAUGGAUGGAUAAGUGACCAGUCGAAGCAUCGAUAUCGCUGUGUAGCUAAGGGUAAAGAUAUCGAAAGUAAGAGUAGCUUGACUGUAAAAAGUAAUCUACUUAUGGGACUGUAUGAAAGAGCAUCCACCACCCUGACAAAAGAAGUAUUACAAACUAUGGUAGUUGAUGAUUGCUCCAAAGUUGCUACAAGUGAUCCUCUAAUUAUGGAAUUGGGUGAUGUGUGGUUGCGAAAAUCUUGCAAAAACAAACUGAGGCGGGCAAAUUACACCAGCACAAGAAUGAGAGCUGCAGCUCGUCUUUUAAUGGAGUGUAGAAAACUGGAUGAAAAUAAGAAGACAAUGAUUGACUUUAUAUCUCCAUCUUCAUUUGAAACUGUCAUCAAGGCCACUAUUAAUGUUGCAGGGGGUGAAGAAUACAAUUUAAAUAAACCCUCCACAGCUUUAAAGAUUGGGCAUGACCUCCAAAGAAUGGCCAAUAUAAAAGAAACAAAAGGAAUUAUUUCUAAACAUGAAGAGCAUGUCCUAGACGCCAAGAAUUUUAAUAAAUUACUUAAGAAAAACUGGAAUCAACGAAUAAGUUCAAUGGCAUCCUCAACACUGAAUGAACGCAGGUUCAAUAAAAUAAUUGAAUUACCUUCAGGACAUGAUUUAAAUUUAUUGUCAGACCAUCUAAAAAAGGAGUUGUCUACGAUAGAAGAAAUUGGUGAUAAAACAACUUUUCGACGUGCAGUUGAGUUGGUUGAAGCACGGUUACUGACGUUUAACAAGAGACGUCCAGGGGAGUUGGAAGCUAUGAGUGUGGAGUCAUAUACUGGAAGAAGAGUAGAUGCUGCCCUGGAUGAUUUUAAAAAAGAUCUGACUUCUUUUGAGCUAGAACUUUGCAAGACGUAUGAAGUCGUUAAUAUUAGGGGAAAGAGAGGGCGAAAGGUACCUGUACUAGUACCACCAGAAUGUCGCAAUGUUAUGGAUAUGAUUGCCAAUGAAGAUGUUAGAGAGCUAGCAGAUGUUGCCAACAGUUCAUUUCUGUUUGCUAAUUUUGGUAAAGGAGCUGUACGUGCUUAUGAUGCGUUAGAGAAUGUCUUGAGUGAAUUAAAGCUAGAAAAUGCUAGUUUUAUCAAAUCAACACUACUAAGGAAAUACAUUGCUACAACAACACAGGUGCUUAAUAUUUCUGAGAAUCAACUUGGAUGGAUUACUAAUCAUUUAGGACACAACAUCAACGUACAUAAAGAUUUUUACCGAGUUAUGUCUUCCACUAUUGAAAAAACGAAAGUAGCAAAAUUAUUAUUGCUGGCAGAUAGUGGUUCAAUAACCAAUUAUUAUGGGAAGACGAUUGACGAAAUAGAUUUUGAAAGCUCUGCUGGUGACUUUCUUGUGAAAGAUGAUGAAGAACAAGAUAUUGUUGAUGAUGAGAUUAAUAUUAAUGAUAGAUUACAGCCACUUGAGAAAAGAAAGAGUAGUAGUCUAGAAGUAGUUAAGAGAAAGAAACAAAAGAAUGAAAUUAUUGAAGGACCCACAUGUAGUAACGAUACACAGAGAAAUAUGUUGCAGAUUUCAGAUAAUAAUGAUGAGAUUGGAUCACAGCCACUUGAGAAAAGAAAGAGUAGUAGUAGUCCAGAAGUAGGAGGACCUACAUGCAGUAACGAUAAACAGACAAAUAGGUUGGAGACUACAGAUAGUAAUGUUUGGAACAAAGAAAAGAGAGGGGCCUAUAAUGAAGUGUUUUUUAAACUUGUCCAAUUACGAGGAAAAAUGCUGAAAAAAGAAGAAAUAGUAUCCCUCAAAAACAAGAACCCAAUUUUAAAGAAAAUGACCUAUGACAAAAUUAAAAAUAAAAUAAAUGCAGAUGUACAGAAAAUAAGACGAAAUAAAGACAAAAACUAAAAAUAAUUUGCAGAUGUACAGAAAAUAAGACCAAAUAAAGACAAAAACUAAAAA